AUGUCGGGCUUACGAAGCCGAUGGGCCGAUACCAUUCCUGCACGAAACCACGUGUUGAUGGGACUUCUGCUGGCGAAGGUGCCCAGCUUGGAGAAUAUGCAAUUCUCAGUUCCUGACUAUUGGGGCAGUCAUGAUGUGCUUUCUCGGGACCUCCAAAUAGCUGUGUCACAAAAGAAAGUCUUGACGCGACUUGAAGCGUUGGAUGUUCACCCCACAUCAGACUUCCAGACCUCAGCACUCAACCUUUACAGGGAGCCCUACUUCGCCCUCAUCCAGCCUCAACUUACAACAUUCCAUUGCCGAGGCUAUCAAGCUUUUGGGCCGCACGCGGGCUGGUCUCAGCUCACCCACAUCAAGAACCUCGCCGUCUAUGAUUGCGAUAUGAAAGCAUCAGAGCUAGACGCAGUCGCUACAAUUUGCCAGAGCUUGCAGGCCUUCGCUUACACAGCCCUCCCGAUGGCUGCGAGUGAUACUUGGCAGCGACAAAGGGGUUCGCCAAAGGAGUACAGCGCAGCGCUGCGGAAGCAUUCACAGACCCUGAAAGAGCUGCACCUUGAGGUGAACUUCCGGAAAGACACGCACAUAUGGAAUGGAGGCAUCAGCUCCUUUGAAGACUUCACCUGCCUCGAAUCACUCAAAAUAUCCCCCCUCGACUUUGCAGAGACAUUCAUUCUUCCCAGCACUCUUGGAUCACAUGGAUUUUCGGCCACUUUGCCUAGCACCCUCAAGCAUCUGACCAUUUCCAGAUGGUGCUGGCCCAUUCGGGUUGACAUUGAUUGGCUGUCCCAAGCCGCCUGCCGGGGAGAGCUUGACAAUCUCGAGACGCUUGACAUCGAGUAUUGUCUGAGCGCGACGAAAGACAGAUUUAUCAUGGCAAAUGAUCUCAGGGAGCGUUUGGAGAGUGACACAGGUGGCCGGAUCAUGUUCUUCAUCCGUGUCCGGAAGGUGGAGGAUCGUCACACAGGGAUCGCGUACUCUGACAGGCGUUAG